GGAAUAAGCUGGCUCAGCGCGGUGGCAACAGCUGCAGCGUUCCGGUCCCGAUUCGAGGGCGAGGUCCUCAAUACUGCGUCUGGUUCCGAGGCCCGGGAGCAGAUGCAAGCAGGCGAGCGAGCAUGGUUGCACCGUGGCAGGCAAGCCUCCCUCUAGCGUUUUCGGCGCCUCACCGGUGACUGGUUGGGCCGGCUGGGGUUGGACUGGACUUGUCCGUAAGAGGCUCGAUCGUUGGCCCGCUGGCUGGCUGGCUGGCUGGCUGGACGCAAUCGAAACGUGGCGAGCACUAUAUCUGGUCAUCAGUCCGUCUGCCUUCGUCUGAGAGCGAUGGAAGGAGUAAGGGGCUGAUUGUGCGAUUUCGGCUUUCUCGGAUUUUCGCUGGAUGCCUUGAUUGAUCGUGAGGCAGAAAAGAUUUCGAUCCAUUAGCGUUCGCAUUUUGGACUUCGGACCGAUGGUGGUGGUUUUUUGCAAUGUGCUUGUAAAUUGUCGUCGGAUAACCUUUUCUGCAAGCCGAUCAGCUGGUCCUGGUCCGAGCCGCUGUUGAUGCCGUGUUGCGGUCUGUUCGCAUAUCUGGCCCCGCGAACACGGUCUUGGUUUUGUUGACGUGCGUUCUCUUCUCAGACGCAUCGUCCGGAGCGCGAGAGCUCGUCAAGAUGUGUCCCGACGUGAUUAGAGGUCCCUACUCGAGGCCUGGGAUUUUCUUCCCGCAAGAAACGUUUCAGAAAUGUGAUUCCCAACAAGGCUUUUUCAACGCGGCCUUCGAUUCCCUCUUCGAGCUGCACGAUGACCGGAGGAGCGCUCUUCUUCUGAGCUGUGAGCGAGCGCAGCAGCAGAUCCACGACCCUGGCAAUUACGCAAAUUAUCAACCUAUGCAUUGCGACAGCCCACCCCUGACCGAGAUUGACACGGGCUGGAUGAGUGAUGUUUUCGAGGGUCUACCCGUUAUCAGUCAAGAAAUGACGCAUGUACCCGUGGCGGAGAUCUCCGCGCCCUUCUCGAACUAUUCGCCGUUCAAUUCCCCUCUCCCAGUGUCGCUGGACCUCUUGAGCUCUGAAGCGGAGGAGGGCCAAAGUAAUCAGCAGUCGUCCCCGACUUGUGCCGGAGCUGUGCCGUUACCGCUGGACAUCGAUCAGACGGGUCCAAUCUGCCCCGAUUCCAAUCACUCUGUGCUCGAGGCUGCUGCAUUUUCUCCUCCCUGCCCGCAGAGCCUGGGCGCGACGUCUCCUCCCGCUGCUGCUGUUGUCCCCAAACCUUUGAAAGCACGUGGCUCCAAGCGUUGUGACAGAGGGCAGCAAAAGCCAAAGAGAAUGCCAAAAUGGGCGAGAGAGGUGACCCUCGCUCCUUCCGAACAAGUAGAGCAUGUGUUACGGGAACGGCAGCGCAGAGACGACAUGAGCUGUAAAAUUGCCAUUCUGGAGGGGCUACUUCCGCCGUGCCCGAAGCGAGACAGGGCAUCCAUCGUUCAUGACAGUGUUCAGUACGUGAAGAGUUUGCAACAAGGAGUGGAAGAACUGCAGAAGAAGCUCGUCGCCCUGAAGCGGAGCAACGGAAGUCCUGCAACGACUAUCACUACGACCAUCACGACCACUCAGAUCAGCAGCCUUCCUCAGCUAGCCAAGGCUACCAGUCCCAGCAGUUCACCCGCACGUGACUCUACCAGUCCAGCUAUCGACGCUGGCGUGGAAGACACGGAAACAGUUCCACCAAAACUGUUCCAUCUGGUGGAAUUCCACGUCCAGCUGGAGGGUUGCAGUGAGGCAGCGAAAUUGACCAGAUGCAAAUGUCGAUCCGACUAUUUAAGCAGUACAAUGAGAGUGCUCGAGCAACUGAAUGUUGAAGUCUCCAGAUGCAGUGUGACGAAAAUGUUUGAUCACUUCAUGUGCGUUAUUGUCGCCAAGCCACGCGUGUCAGCAGUUCCAGCUCCCACAUCAACGUCGAUUGCGACCAGUCUCAAGAAAGCUGUUGAACUCUGAUGGAGAAGUAUUCCUGAUGGCAAUGGAUGCACACGGCUGAUGAAGGAUUCUGAGAUGGUACCAUGUUCUCCUCUUUAUCCAAGUGGUUGUUGUAGAAUACAAUACCUACUUCUUGUCAAGUUCAUUGUGGUAGCUCUUUAACAAGCGUUUCCAGUAAAGGUGCUCUAACUAACUGAUUAGAGCAUCAUCCUUGUAUCUAACUCCUGAAACUGAUCCAUCUGCCAUGCGUAUAUCGCCGCUUCAUCCCAUACUCACUCGCAGGGGUCACAUGUAGUUUCUGCUGUAAGUUUCACCUGUUAUGACACUGCUGACCACGUUGCCAGUUCUAGCAUUGCUCGGCAAGUAAGGAGUCCAGAUUGGCCUUUACUUCUGAGUACGGUGACCCGAGAGAAUUUUGUGAUGACAGGAGAUGUACAGAUACCUUGAGCAAUGUGAGAGUGAGCAACUACCGCAACCCUCAUCGUUUAUUUGCUAGAUCCCCAAAGCUCUGACCUGCAAGUGUCCCGACAAAGAUGAUGCCAGGAUCUUUAGAUACUGCUCUAUUCUUGUGGACGUAGUGGCACGUGUUUGACAAAAAUCAACGCGCUUUUCCAUAGGAAGCAGAUAAAGAUUGUGGACGGUGUAUAUUAACUUUUGCUCCAGUGUAAAUGAAUCGAUGUACGGGCUUUCCUUGUCCCUUUGGUAUGUGUGUACUCAUGGAAAAUGUCUGCAGUGAAGUAAUUUCGCUGUAGAGCAGAUGCUAUUCGCCGAGACCAUCGAGCGCAGAACCGAAAGGCAGAUGAGCCUAGCUGAGAAGAUUCUGGAUAGUAUCAUAAUCCAACAUUCUUAUAGUGAACAAUUCUCUUGUAUGUUUGUAUGAAGGUAAGCAAUUCUCCGGAGCAAGCUCAACAUAUUCAUCUUUGC